AUGCCUCCAUCUACUCCCGUUAACGAAGAAACCGACCGGACUAUCCAACGGAAUUCGAACUUACACUCCCUGUACAUCUCGAAGAAAGCACGCAUCCACUCAUCUUCUGCUCCCCACUCAUCUUCCGCUCCCCAACCACCUCAAAGGCUCAGACUACCCCUCCUCAAUCUCCAAUCACCCGAGAAUGAUACCUUGAUCUAUGUGCAAUCAAACUCGCAGUCUCCUCCACUUCGAUGCAGCUCCCAGAGGCUUCUUGCGACCGGUUCACCGGUAUUUGAAAGGGUCCUCGGUCCAACCUACCAGUUUCGAAUUCUGCGUCGGAAAAACCUCCACAAGCUUGGCCUACCCAUAGGAAUUAACUUUGUUGUGGACUUAUCCCCGCCUAUUGAGGGCGAAGAAGCAGUGGAUGCGGUGGAGCGCUUUUGGUGCCCGGAUGAAAUUCUGGGGUGGGAAAGCAAUCUCGACGGCAAUUACAUCGAGGAUGAGUCCCCGCUUGGUUCUCCACUGUUCAACCUCAAGAAAUCGGGUGCGUUGGACAACUUACCACUUUCUCUCACAGACAAGAUGGAGAGUGAUCUUGAGGCGCUUCGUGACGACAUUCUCAAGAAAACCAAGGGGAAAACGGCUCAGCCUGAAGAAAAGGUUAUAACGCAGCCGGAGGAGGUUAAGACGAAGAUGCCAGCAUAUUCAUUAUUUAGGCACACAGGUGCUAUUGAGAGGGUGCUGCAUAUUCUCCAUGGUCUCGAUCCACAGAUUUCCACCACGCCCAUGUGGUACACAGUUCACAAAGUUGCUUUGCAGAUGGAAUGUACAGCAGCAGUGCAGGAUCAUAUCCUGGCGUGGAUUUACCAGAAUGAAUGUUUCAUCGAACAAUACCCAGGAUUCGUACUGCGGACUGCUGCAGAGAUGAAGAACGCGGGUCUAUUUCGUGACGCGUUUGCAAUACUGGUGGGGAAGCAGUUGAUGGGUGGAAAGGUGGAGAAGGCGGGAGUGUUCAAUUCUGACGAGAGUAUACCCCCCGAAGCGGAACCGUGGGGCGAGAGUAUCAUUGCAGCGAAAAGGUCCCUACAGGGGAGGCUAGAGAGGUUGUAUACGUAUAUCAAUAGCACGGCGUGGUUAGAUAACGCUAAGGUUAUUCCAGAGUACAACAAGAUUACCGUUAAUCUUAAAGCGAAGGGCCCAAAGCUUCGCAGAGCCACAUCAGAGUUAGAUGAAGCUAUCAGAGCUGUGAUUCAAGCUCAGCUCAAAACUCUAUUCGCGUACUCGGAAGAUCCUGGGGACCCAAAUUGGAUGAAUCCAUGGGAAAAAGCGAUGUUUGAUAUGAUGCCAGAGCCCAAGCAAAUAUUCAGCAGAAUGUAUUGGAAGCAACUAUUCAAUUUUCCAACAGAUGGGAUAGGAUCUCUAGAUGUGGCAAGAGCUGUAGCUCACUGGAAGGUUGCAUUACAUAGGGUGGAGACAGAUUUGCCCGAUGAGGACACCCAGGGGACGAACUUCGGGCCGGCCACGAACUCUGAGGUGGAGACAGCAAUCUGCUUGCUAUCUUUGGGCCGAGAAGCGGAGGAGCCCGUAGAAACUAAUCCCGAACGUGCAGAAGCCAGAGUAAUGAGUUCAAUGCAGAAUAAUUUGACAAGAACCCGGUGGCAGAAUUUCAAGAGGCGGAGCACACAAAAUACCGUCUGGGCUUCUUCUCGAACCCCGAUCUCUGGUCCCACGGAGGGCAGUGGCACAACCACAGGGUUUUCAUAUCCUUCUGCCUUGAACAGCGUAUCACCGGAACAAAACUAUGGGCAUGAGCUUUCAACUACCAAUCUUCCCGACGGGCCACCGCCGUACACACUCCACGCACCAGAUACGGAUAAGGUCGGCGAGAAGCGCAAAAUGAGACUAUCCGACUUGGAUGGGUCAUAUACAGAUAUGAAGGAGAUUGAGUCACACCGUAAAGAAACAGAGUUCAUUGACUCCUCCACUAUCCUCCCUGAUAUCAGGCCAGGGCGAGUUGAAGUUGAGAAUCCAAUGAGAAAGCGCCGUUGUUCUGUUGAAAGAGAUCCUGGCGACGACGAAGACGAAAACAUCACCGAAGCCAGUUUCUUUAGGCAGGGUGAUACUGAAGCCGGUGAACCAGAAAUGUUCAACAUCUCUGGUGUCUAUUUCGAUCCUCGACUUUCCUCCUCCCCACCCUCAACAUUUCUAGGCAAAGGCAAGAAAACAGCGAUUGAGGAUGAACCAGAAAACCCUCAAUCCGAAAAGUAUCAUUUAGGGGAUUAUGAUAUCUUGGAUGCUACCGACGACGAAUACCAGUACUAUUUUAAGGCUGCUCGUUCUGCUCCCCCCCCUUUUGACGAACCAAUGACCCUCGACCCCACCUCCGACUCAAGGCCCUUUCAAUCUCACCAAAACUUACCCUCCGAUGCUUCAACCACAAAUUGGAUUGAUCCUGAAUAUGCACCUUGGAAACCUAAACCCAUUGCUUGGGUCGAUCCUAAAACAGGCUCGGUAGUUGCCCGCGUUGUUAAUGAUCAUAAUGCUCAAAGACCAUCCCAUACGACCCAUACGACCCAUACAACGGGAGUAACUAAAACAACUGAAGAGAGUCGGACGCCCGGUUGUUGGAGAUUUCCACUUUCAGCUUUGAGGGUUCCAGACACGAGGGUUCCUAACACGGAGAUUCCUAACACGAGCCAUCAUUUACACGACCCCAGUCUUACAUUCAGCAUAGAACAGCUGAGAAGGGAGGUUAAAGCUUAUCUAAUGAAAGUGAGUUCGACGCAGCUGAAGAUCCCUAUCAGCUUUGAUCCGUUCUGGGCCGGCGAUGGACAAUUGAUCGUGAGCCUGAGAGAAGAAGAGUGGGCUUUUUGUCCAGCCUGGGCAGGGGGUUUGGAUAUCUCUGGAGUUCCUGCGGACACAGUCGAUAAUAACAUUAGAACUGAGGGCAGAAUGGUGGAACUCGAAAUCAGGGGGGGAUUGUCCUCGGGUUUACCUAAAAGAGACCAGAGCGAAGAGGACGAGAAGGAAGAGGAAUAUGACGACUGUGCAACCGAAACUGGAAGCAUAGGAUCAUUCAGCACGUCUGGAUUCUCGAGCUUUGGUGUAAUCUCUGAGGGAGAUGGAGAGAGCGACAACGGAACGGUGGCUGGAGACGAUGUCCAGUUUGACGUGGAGACGGAGAGCUUAUUGGGCAGCGAUGCAGAAGUAGGAGACCAAAGUGCAACAGAGGCAGGUGAUAGUAGUGAUAGUGAUGAUGGAUUUGAGGAAGUGGUUUGGGAUGAGGGAUUUUGA